UUGGGUUUUUAAAGGAAAUGUUACCUGCACAUUUUCUUUAGAUAAAAAUGGUUGAAUGAUCAGAAUUAAACACUUUUCCAGCCAGAAAAACGAUGUUUUCUUCCAAGUCACUGAUCAAAUUAAAGAUUCCAAGAGUACCGUUGUGAAUGCGGGCAUGUCCGUAUUUGAAUUGAAGAUCACUUAAAUUAUGACAUCAGUCACUUAAACAGCUCAAACAUUAAAAAAAUUUUAAAAGAUAAUUUUUUAUUAAAGUAAUAUUACGCUUGGGGUUGUAUGUUGGGUUUAAAUCCCUCUCUAAUCUUAUUGUUGUAAGCGUUGCCAAAACCAAAAUUUUCUAAAAAUUAAAAUUGUUAAACAACGUAAACUGAGACACCAAAAACUAACUACGUUUAUUUCUAUACCCCUGUGAUGAAUUGAAUAUACUUGAAACUGUGAUAUAUUAAAUUUUGACGAUUUCUCUCUUUAUCUUUGUGUUAAACAUGAGCACCCUAUCAAGUUAUUAGCUUAAUUUCAUUUUAUUCAUUCAGUACCAUAUAUUAUCUUUUUUUUUGACAGGGGUCAGAGAAAUUUUUUUUGGAUUGGAAAGAAAUCGUGGGUGUAUAUUUUCGGGAAAUUUUAUUUUCCCCUUUAGCCAAAUUCAAAAAAAAUUAAAUGUCCCAAUUUAACCUGUCCGGCACUGUCCUGAUACUCUGUGAAUACUAAACAUUUAAUUAUCAAAUUCAGAAAAAAAUGUCGAGAGGGAUGAAGUGCUGAUUAAAGAAAGGUUUUACUAGGGUUAAAAUAAGGUUAGAGAACCUGAACCUGAUCCAUACUCAUGUUAAAGUAGACUCCUGACUUGAGAGUUGAACCUGGUUUGUGAGAUCUGUCAAGGGGAAGAUUAGGAUGGAUCUUGUCAAUAUAGUUCAGAGUUAUAUUCUCAAGAUUCUGGAGGAAGCUGGACCAGGAAUGAAGGUUAUGCUGCUUGAUGCAGAAACAACUCCAAUUGUAUCCUUGGCAUUUGCCCAAUCAGCGCUAAUGAGACAGGAGGUUUACUUGUUUGAGAAGCUGCAGAAUACACCAGGAUCUGAGGAUCUGAGACACCUCAAAUGCAUUGUUAUUCUUCGUCCCGAGGAUUCUAUAAAUCUACUCUGUAGUGAACUGUCAAAUCCUAGAUAUGGAUCGUAUUAUAUAAAUUUUACUAAUCUGGUUCCUAAAUCAGCUGUCAAGCAGAUUGCAGAGGCAGAUAUGCAGGAAGUAGUUCGAGAUGUGCGAGAAAUUUACACCGAUUUCCUUCCGAUUGGAGCACACUUGUUCGGAUUAAAUAUUCCACACCCCCUUCAACCUCUAGGGUCGAGGUGGGUGGAGCAAAGUCUGCAGAGGAGCAGCCACGCCCUUUCAUCUCUUCUUCUAGCUCUAAAGAUGUCUCCAGUUAUUAGAUAUCAGGAGGGAUCAGGUCCUUCUAGUUUACUGGCGCAGUCUGUUCGGCAGAUUAUUACUAGAGAAGGAGGACAUUUCGAUGCCGGGGGAACAGAUAAUAGUCCAGUACUUCUUAUACUUGAUAGGCGUGAAGAUCCGGUAACGCCCCUGCUGAGUCAAUGGACCUACCAAGCAAUGGUUCAUCAGCUGAUAGGGAUAAAUAACAACAGGGUUAACCUAGCCGCAGUGCCAGGGGUCACCAAGGAUCUCCAAGACAUUGUUCUCUCUAGUUCUCAGGACGAGUUCUACGCAGCAAACCUUUACUCAAACUUCGGUGAGAUCGGUCAGACGAUCAAACUUCUAAUGGACGAGUUCCAGAACAAGGCCAAGAGUCAUCAGAAGAUCGAAAGCAUUUCCGACAUGAAGAACUUUGUAGAGAAUUAUCCACAAUUUAAGAAAAUGUCAGGAACUGUGUCCAAGCACGUGACACUAGUUUCCGAGCUCUCAAGACUUGUCGGGGUCAAAAAACUUCUCCAGGUUUCAGAGACGGAACAGGAACUUGUUUCCGAUGGCGACCAUUCUACGAUGCUAAAAAAGGUUUCUGAACUAGUACAACGUGAAGAUAUACCACUAGACGAUGCUACCAGACUGAUCAUGUUGUUCGCUCUCAGGUUCGAAAGUCAAGCUAACAACGGUAUCCGAACCCUACUCAACCAGCUUCGGAAAAGAGGAGGAGAAACCGAGUCUCGACGAGUCCAGAACCUGCAGCGGUAUGCCGGGAUAAACGCUAGGAAAGGAAACCUGUUCGGAGAUGAGUUGAGUUCUACCCGGAAUAUAACAGGGAAAUUAUUCAAAGGUUUGAAGGGUGUGGAGAAUGUUUAUACACAACAUCAACCUUUACUCAGACAAAUCUUGGAGGAUCUAAUCAAGGGGAAGUUAAGGAGCAACCUGUUCCCCUGUCUGGGUUCUCCCCACGAGGGGAGGGUCACCAACAUCCUCGUCUUUGUCAUCGGAGGAAUUACAUACGAGGAAGCGUACACCGUUCAUCAGUUAAAUUCGAACCUCAAGGUUCAGAUUCUCCUCGGAGGAACAAGUAUCCUUAAUUCUCAAUCCUUUCUCCAACAAGUAGAUCAAUCCUUUCCUCAGAACUAGUGCAUUUACAUUCGAAUAUUAUAUAUUUACCUAUACCAAGGUACCCCUUGUCAUCUAUUUGAUAUUGUUCAUGGUUUAAACAUUAUUGAGAAUAAUUUGAUUUUCUCACUAACAUUUAUUUUACCCUUUCAGUGCUGUACAUUUUAUUUUUUAUACAGAUCCAGUUUCAACUCGAAAUUCAUUUAAUUAUGCCGACUCAGACCCAACCUUUUCAGCAAUGUUUUUCUUAUUCGUGACGAAUUUGAUCCAUUAAAUGAGUCUUUAUGGAAUAUAAAAUAUCCUACCUCUUCCCAUAGAAGUUUGCAUUUUGCUUGUUGUUUAAAGUUAUCAUUGCUAGGUGUAUUCUCUAUCUGUGAUUUAUUUAUUAAAUGUUAAAAUUUCAGA